AUGGCCGGACGAGAUGACCUGAAGCUGCUCGGCACAUGGCCAAGCCCGUUUGUUACCAGGGUGAAGCUGGCACUCGCCCUGAAGGGCCUGAGCUACGAGGACGUGGAGGAGGACCUGUACAAGAAGAGCGAGCUUCUCCUCAAGUCCAACCCGGUGCACAAGAAGAUACCAGUGCUCAUCCACAACGGCGCCCCGGUCUGCGAGUCCAUGAUCAUUCUGCAGUACAUCGACGAAGUGUUCGCCGGCACCGGCCCGUCCCUUCUCCCAGCGGACCCCUACGAGCGCGCCAUUGCUCGCUUCUGGAUGGCCUACGUUGACGACAAGCUGGUAGCCCCAUGGAGGCAGUGGUUGAGGGGCAAGACAGAGGAGGAGAAAUCCGAGGGAAAGAAGCAGGCGUUCGCGGCGGAGGAGAAAUCCGAGGGAAAGAAGCAGGCGUUCGCGGCGGUGGAGAUUCUUGAAGGGGCCCUGAGGGAAUGCUCCAAGGGAGGGGGCUUCUUCGGCGGCGACGGCCUCGGGCUCGUCGACGUUGCGCUGGGAGGCGUGCUGUCGUGGAUGAAGGUGACCGAGGUGUUGUCCGGUGACAAGAUCUUCGAUGCCGCCAAGACCCCGCUCCUGGCCGCAUGGGUGGAGCGCUUCAGCGAGCUCGACGCGGCCAAGGUGGCCCUGCCAGACGUGGGCAGGCUGCUUGAGUUCGCCAAGGCACGAGAGGCUGCCGCUGCACCGUCUAACUGA